AAACCUUUCGGAAUUUCAUCAAAAAAUUGUGUCGCCGCAAAAAUUGUGCAAUUUUAUUCGUAUUAUGGUCGGUCAAAUGGACUGCAUUGUCCUAAAGAAUGUGCGAGUGAAUAUGUGAUCCAGUUGAAUGUGGUGAAUAUGUAGAAUUUCGGUGCCCGUUGCGUAUAUCGAGUGAUAGUGGGAGGAGGCCAUCUUCAGUGCUUCCGUACAUUUACUUGGAUUAAGAUCACAGUGCGCCCAGCUCAGGAAGGUGGAAGCAGAGAGAAAGCUUGCUAUCUCCUCGGCGCCGUCGAUCGAGAUGAUAUUGCGCGUCGUCACCUGGUAGGGUUUGGUGGUAACACGGUGCUGCUACUGCUGCUACUCACUCGGUGGUCAAUUGAAGGCAGAGGUGCGAGCUCUGAACUGCGCUGGAGUGAACGAUUUACUCACCGUUAAUCGGACUACCCAACAAAGAACCUUAUUUAGAUAAAGUGAACGCGGGUGCUGAUAAGAUAGUGAUCGCUGUGGUGUAAAGUUGCAGUCCACUGCCAGUGAAUGGACUUUCGAAGCAGAUCGGUGAAUCAGUGAAUUUACGGUUACGAAAUUUCGGGUGAAAAUUUGCCAGAACUGAAAAUGCGAACGGACAGGCGAAUGAAUAGCGUCUUCCGGGCAGUGUACGGUGGAGGAGCAGCUUACGGCGAGGAUUUGUUUGGUCACCGAUUGGUCAGCAGUAGCAAAGACAGUCUCGACUUCAUCCAACGGUUGGACCUCUGGAAGACGCUCAAGGUACACAAGGGCUGCGUAAACACUGUAUUCUGGAGCGACGAUGGCCAGCUGCUCCUGUCCGGGUCGGACGAUCAGCACAUCGUCAUCAGCAGUCCCUUCACCGGGCAGACCCUGUUCCAGCACAAGACAACCCACAGGGCUAACAUUUUCAGUGCUCGAUUUCUGCCGCAGAGCGGAAACCGGGAAAUUGUGUCCUGCUCGGGCGACGGGAUCGUACUGUACACGGAACUGAAGGACGUUGCGCUGGAACCGGCGGAAGCGCACGAACGCAACUUGAACUAUUUCAACUGUCACAGCAAUGGGACGACGUACGAAGUGAUGACGGUUCCAACGGAACCGAAAUCAUUCAUGAGCUGCGGGGAAGACGGUACGGUUCGGUUGUUCGAUCUGCGCAAAAUGACGCGCUGUCUGAAGACGUGCUGUAAGGAUAACAUCCUUAUUCUAAGCCCUUCAGCAGUGACGGCGAUGACCCUGUCGCCGAUUUCGAUGAACUACAUAGCGGUGGGAAGUUCCGAUAGUCACGUGCGAAUCUUUGACAGAAGGUUCCUAAAGAUGGUGGAUUGUAAUACGCCCGGAUCACCGAACGAUCGCCAUACCGUGCCGGUCAAGAUGUUUACCAACCCGUCGAUGGAGAAGCGAUCGUUCCGGGUGACAUCAAUCGCUUACAGUCAGGACGAGACUGAUUUGUUGGUUAACUACUCGUCCGACCAUUUGUACCUGUUUGAUGUAACGAAGGAGGGAAUUGAGGUGAAGGCGGCGCAGGCUUCGAGCAGUGCGGAGAAGGGUAAACGGGGUUCAAAGACGCAGAACAGUAUCGACAGUCCACCGCCGGUGCGUCGGUUACGUUUGCGUGGCGAUUGGUCCGAUACCGGGCCGGAUGCACGACCGGCCCGCGAGAUGGCUUCGCGAGUAUUCGGGGCCGGCCAGGCUCGACCACAACUGCAGGCAACGAUCAUGCAUCGUAUGACCGAAGUUCUGUCACGAAUGUUGGCCGACCCCAGGACGCGCAUCGGACUAACGCACACGAACGAACUGACCAACGAUAGUGAUCUGGCGAAUGUGGUCGAUGACUUCCGGAGUUUUGCCAGCAGCAGUAGCGGCGGUGGAGGAAGUGAUGAACAGCGGGAAGGUUCGGGAGAACCGCAACCUUCAACGAGUGGUUCUCAGCCGAGGUCGAGGCAGGUUGAUGGCGAUUCUGAACGAAGUGGUACUGCUUCCUCCGGUGGUGGCAGGGAGAGGGAUGAGGAAGAAGAUGACGAUGACGAUUACGAUGAGGAGGAAGAUGAAACUAAACUAAACCAAAGAAAAAAGUCUGAUAGCAGGGCGGAGGAAUCCGCUUACGAAGCAGAACUGAAAGCACUGAAAGAUCUCGAAGCGAAAGUCAUAAAUUACGAUUACGUCUUGAGAAAGUUUGUGGGGCAUCGGAAUGCGCGCACAAUGAUCAAAGAAGCGACAUUCUGGGGCAACGACUACAUCAUGUCCGGUUCGGAUUGCGGUCACGUGUUCACGUGGGAACGCGCUACCGGUCGGCUGGUGAUGCUCAUGGAGGCGGACCAGCACGUGGUGAAUUGCGUCCAGCCACAUCCGACGCUGCCGAUGUUGGCCACGUCCGGUAUCGAUUACGAUAUCAAAAUAUGGUCCCCCAUGGACGAGGAGAAGGUCCGCUUCGAUCAGGAGGCGGCGAAUGAUCUCAUGGAACGCAAUGCGGUAAUGCUAGAGGAAACCAAAGAUACAAUUACGGUGCCAGCUUCGUUCAUGAUACGGAUGUUGGCGUGCAUCCACUCGCUGCGGAACCGACGGGGACCGGCUGGUCCGGCAGCUUCCGCCUCCGCACCCGACAACAAUGGUGGCUCCAAUGGCGACAAUGGUGGCUCCAAUGGCGACAAUGGUAGCACUAACAAUAACAAUAAUGGUAAUAACAACAACAACAACAACAACAACAACGAUCGUGAGGAGAAUUCCGGCGGAGAGCGGGAAGGCCGGAGUGGCAGUUCCGAACACUUUCUGUAGACAAGGUAAGUCGUUUGCUGAAGCUAGACAUCACGCGUCUCGACGAAGAAUGGGUGUUUUAUUGUGUGCUCUAUUCCAUGCAAAAGCGAACACUGACUCAGACACCUUCAUUAUCAUUAGGAGGGUUAUGAUCAAUCGACAUAACCAACAAACAAGCAAGAUGUGAUUUUCUGUUGUACGGUCAACAAUG